AUGGACUCUCUAAUUUGUAUUCUCUCUUUUCCUCCUCUUUCUAUUUUAUCUCUCAGUCAUUGCCUUUUUUUUCUCGUUUUCUUUUUCUCUCUCUUUCUUUUUCUCCUUUCUCUUUUAUCUCACAUUUUUAUCGUCUCUUUCUUUUUGCGUUCUCAAUUCUUUUUAAUUCAAUUCUCUUUCUCUCUCAUUUGUAUUUUCCUUCUUAUUUAUUCUCUCAUUCUGCUUCUUCCUCUUUUCUCUUUAAUUCUUAUUCUGCUUUUUUUCUCUCUCAUUCUUCUCUUCCCCUCUUUUGUCUUUCAUUCGUAUGCUCCUUUCUUUUAUCUCCUUCUUAUUUUCCUUCCCGUUUUCUCUUUCAUUCUUAUUCUCCUUCUUUUAUCAUUGAUUCUUUUAUUUCUCUCUCUCUCUCUCAUUCUUAUUCUCCUUCUUAUUUUCUCUCUAAUUCUUAUUCUCCUUCCUUUUUUCUUUCAUUCUUAUUUUUCUUUCUUUUUUUCGCCUUCUGAUUCUCCUUCUUAUUUUCUCUCUCAUUCUUCAUCGUAUUCUUCUUUUCUCUUUCAUUCUUAA